ACCGCAUCAUGGACGUCAGAAGUAUCUAUAAAAGGUCUGCAGCACAGAAGCUUAAAAAGACAAGAUCACCAGAACUGCUGGAGUCCUUGUACUCCCAGGUCUCCCACUUGGACUCGGUUCUGACGUCGCUGGAGGGACAGAUCCAGGUGCUGGAGGCUGUGCAGAAGUCGCUGCCACAGGAUCUGAUCGGGGACGCGCAGCACGACUCGGGCACGGCCGGCCACGAGCCCGAUAGUCUGGAGGCGAUGCGGACGGUGCUGACAGACGAGCAGACCCGACCCGGCUCAGGUCACUCGGUGGAGCUGGAGCCGGCCGUGCUGCUGCACCUGGAGCGGUGCGCCCACAGGAAGACGCGCCGACAGCUGCAGCUGCUCCAGAACGGCGUCAGCUCUCUGGACACACCGAAGCGUCAACAGGUAGCGAGCGAGCUGGAGUCGCUGCACAUCGAGUCGGAGCAUAGCCUCAACUCGCUGGAGACGCUUGCCUCGCUGGCCAGCUCGGACCGGCUGCUGGACGAGCUGAAGCUGCGUGAGAUGACCAUCUCGCAGCUGCGCAGCCGCGUGCUGCAGCUGGAGCGGGCGCGGCUCGACAAAAUACCCAUGGACCCGGCCAGGGAGAUCACUCGGCUCCAGAGCAGCGUGGUGCAGCUGGAGCGGGUGCGGGACGAGCUGACGCUGCAGAACUUUACGCUCAAGUCGAAGCUGGCUGAGUUCACGCAACAGCUCAGCAACUCGGGGGUGCCGUUCUCGCUGGACUCGCAGCCGCCGACGAACGGUGUCGGCAAGCACGACACCCUCGACGCCAGCAGCCUCACCACCAACAUAUCAUCCGGCUCUCUGGACGACGGCGGCGAUCCUCAGAACAGUGGCAACCACAGACCGAACGGGGUGGACCACAAAUCCACCUACAAAAUCGGCACGGAAAGUGGUGAGCUUCGAAAGCUGCGCUUCACGGUGACGGAGCUGCGCAGCCGAGACGCCGAGCAGCGGCAACGCAUCUCCGAGCUGGAGACGCAGCAGCGGAACCGGCGGAACCAUGACGACCAGCUGCGUGCCCUGGAGGCCCGCCUGGAGGAGACCCGCAGCCGGCAAGAGGUGACGGAGCGGGAUCUGUCCGCGAAAAAGGAGGAGUAUACGACGCUGAAGCUGGACUUUGACAGGGUGAAGGAGGAGAACGGUCGUCUGAAGGACGACCUCAGCCGGAUGAUGAUGCAGGAGAUGGAAAACAGCAGCAAGCUGAUGCGUCUCGGCGACUGCGAGAGUGAGCUGGGACGACUGCUGGACGAUCACCGCACCCUGUCCGAGAGUCUCCACCAUGAGCGGCUGCUGCGGAAGAAGUACUACAACAUGAUGGAGGAGCUGAAGGGUCGGAUCCGCGUGUUCUGCCGGCUGAGGCCGCUGAAUGAGAUGGAGCGAAGACGGGGCGGAGCGGCGGCCAUCAACUGCGCCGACGAGUUCACGCUCUGCGUGGACGGCGACAAGGGCCAGCGCGAGUUCCAGUUCGACAAGGUCUUCACCGACGACACGUCUCAGGAGAGGAUAUUCGAGGAGGUCGAGUCUCUGAUCCAGUCGAGCCUGGACGGCUACAACGUGUGCAUCUGCGCGUACGGCCAGACCGGCUCCGGCAAGACGUACACCCUGCUGGGGGACGAGCGGCAGCCGGGCGUCGUACCACGAGCCUUCCAGCGCCUCUUCCAGCUGACGGAGGCGCGCAGCGGCCAGUUCAGCUACGCCGUCAGCGCCUACAUGCUGGAGCUGUACAACGACCGGCUGCUCGACCUGCUCGCGCCGCCCGGCUCGAGGCCGGGCGAUAAGUUGGAGGUGAAGAAGGACAAGCGAGGCCUGGUGCACGUGCAGGGCGCCACGGUGACGGCGUGCCAGGACGCAGCCCAGCUGCAGCGGCUGUUCCAGCAGGCGGUCAGUACGCGGCACACGGCCGCCACCCGGCUCAACGUGGCCAGCUCGCGCUCCCACCUGGUGAUCGGCGUCACGGUCGAGGCCACCAGCCGCGUCAACGGCACCGUCUUCAGCGGCAAGCUCAGCCUGCUCGACCUGGCCGGCAGCGAGCGCGUCGCCAAGUCGGGCGCCACCGCUGACCAGCUGAAGGAGGCCAACGCCAUCAACCGCUCGCUGUCGGCGCUGGCCGACGUCAUCUCGUCCCUGGCCGCCGAGCAGAGCUUCAUCCCCUACAGGAACAGCAAGCUGACGAUGCUAAUGCAGGACAGCCUUGGCGGCAACGCCAAAACUCUGAUGUUCGUCAACAUCUCGCCGGGGAUCUACAACAUAGACGAGACGAUGGUGUCACUCAUGUAUGCUUCUCGUGUAAAACAAAUCACCAACUCGGCAGCCAGAAACGCAGAGAACAAGGAAAUCACCAGGCUAAAAAACAUUAUCGCGAAGCUGAAGCAGAAGUGCGAGACUGCCCAGUCCUGCGGCGAGGAAUUCGAUAGCUGACCAAACUGAACCCACGCUCAACUGAACUGCUAAAGAUCUCAGUCAACCAAGUUCAGUCGAAGUGAGCCACCGAUAAUUCACUCGUUGUUUGCACACCAGUUCACGUUUAAUAGGUUCACAACCGAUUUUGCUAACAUAACGGUAUUACAUAUGUGAUGACGUUUCGUAUAUUUCGGUCGAGCAGACUUGAUGUGACGACAGGGCGUUUUGACACACGUGCAGCCACCACACUUCAGGAUUACGCCCAGUAGCCACGCUUCGUUAUUUGACCUCAAACGUGUGCACCCUCUAUAUCUGUCCAGGCUGGAGAUUAAAUGUCGAUGCCUUGGUGACGGCUCGAGAUGGACCGUCCUACCUUGCGGUCGAAGGGGAUUUCCUACGCGUUCCUGGGCAAUAAUUGUGAUCCACUGCAAAUGAACCAAAGUGAUAGCAGGUGUGUGAACGAUUUAGAUGUAUUUUUGCGCCAAGUGACAAUGUUUUCCAAUGCGCACCUGUAGGAGACUUGUGAUUACGGCUCGAUGUUGCGUGCACACU